AUGGAUGAGAAAGACGAGGCACCGGCCUUACUGUUUCAUAUUAAGCUGUCAGGCUUACCAGUUAACACUUCGAUUGCCAAUGUGAGAAAUUAUUUGUGCGAUGAGUGUGAAUGCGAUGUGAAGGAAGUCUUGUUACAAGGGAAUAAUAGUGCCGUUGCUGUAAUUAUGGUAAAAGAUAUUGAUGAGCUUCUGAAAAAAAAUCACAGUAUUAAGGAAACAUUUAUAUCAGUCUCGCUUCAUAAAGAUCAACUGGAGCUCCAGUGGGACACUAUAAAAGUAUCUGGUGAAGAUGAUAUUGAAACACUAAAAUUUUAUUUUGCGGGAAAGAGAUCAGGAGGAAAUAGAACCAAAUCAGUUGAAUCUGUUACAAAAGUUGACACAAAUGCUGUGCAUGUCAAGUUCAAAUCAGUAGAUGAUGCUGCUGCUGUCAUUGCUCAGGAAAAGCAUAUGAUUACUGGAGGAUCACAAAUUCAUGUUUGCUAUGCUCCAGUCCCAGAUUCAAAAAAGUAUGAGAGGGACAAAAUUCUUAUUAAAAACAUUCCAAAAGAAACGAAAGAGAAAACUCUGAUUGCUUUAAUUGAAGGCUGCCUUGAUUUAGAAUUUGAGAGAGAAUUUACAUUAAACUUACAGGCACCUUUAGCACUUUUGUUACUUUCUCAUCAUUAUGGAAAAGAAGAACUCCAGAAAAUAGCAGAAAUUCUGGCAUCACAGCAAAUACAUGGGAACUAUUUGAAUGUUGAUCUUUGUGACGUUAAUCACAGUAUCGUUGUAUCUGGUAUAAGUGAAGAAAAAAUUGUUGGAAAUGCAUUUGCACUUCAGUUUUACUUUGAGACACCUAAUAGUGGAGGAGGAGAAAAUACUGUACAGAUGCUCACACCAACUAAAGUUAAAGUGAAUUUCAAGGAUCCUUCAGUGUCCAUAGUUGGUUCUGUAAAAGAUGUCAAAGAGUUUAAGGGUAUAUUUCCAGAGUACAUCUUACACAUGAAAGUUCAGGUCACUCUUCCAACGGUCGCAGUUAAGUUUCUACAAAGAAAUUCUGGGCAAAGAGUACUUAAAACUAUUACGAGCGAUUCUAGGGUAUUUCUAUAUUUUACAACAGAUGGUAUUAAUCAGUGCCUUUAUCUAUUGCAUUCAACUGAGCAUGUGUCUCUGGCAGAAAAAUUAGCUGACACUAUUAAGCAGGCCAUAGCUACUGAGUCUUGUGAAAUACCUUUGUCUUUUCAGAAUCAAGUAGAAGGAGAUGAUUAUUCAAAAUUUAAAUUUAAUCUUGCUGAGAAAUAUUCAUUUUUUUCUACAAUUAAUGAAAAUGAGCUGACUGUUGCCAGUACUGCUGGAGAUGUUAAUGAUGUCAUUAAUGAGCUCAUGGGUUUUAUUAAUGAAGCAUGCUCUGUUUCUGAAACAAUAAAUUUUAGUAGAGGUGUGUGGCGUUUGUUUCAUACUGCAUUGAAAGUCGAAUGGUCUGAGGUAAAGAGAAGCCUGGAAACAAAAGGAAUUGAUAUAAUUGCUUUGUCAAAGUCAGAUGCAUCAAAACCAUAUAUUGCCAUCAGAGGAGAAACAAGUGCUGUUCAACAAGCUAAGGAGGAUAUUCUUUCCCAUCAGGUGUCAGUUACAUCAAAGAAAAUAAUUCUUUCACAAGCUGGUGUCUGUUCAUAUUUUCUCUCGAACAAUGCACUGAUAUUGAAAGGUAUUGAAAAUGCUGCAGGAGUAUGCAUUGAAGUAGAAGUGAAGGGAAUGUCUUCAAAUGUCUUUAAGGAAAUUUUUACUGGUGUUACGGAUGAAAUGAUGUCAGUACAUGUAGUCGUUGGUGACUUAACUGAGUUUAAUCAAGCUGAAGUGAUGGUCAAUGCUGCAAAUGAAGAACUGAAGCACAGAGGAGGCGUAGCUGCAGUGAUUGCAAGAAAAGGUGGCUCAAGUAUUCAACAGGAUUCAGAUGAUUACAUCAGAAGAAACAAAAAGGUAGCUGCUGGAACAGCUGUGCUUUUCACUGCAACUGGUAACCUUCCUUCUUCGUAUAAAGCGAUUGUUCAUGCAGUUGGUCCACGAUAUCGUGCUGAAAACAAGCAAAAUUCCUGUGCAACAUUAAAACAGACAAUUUUUCAGAGUCUUGAGUUAGCAAAAAAUUAUGAGUCUAUAGCCUUCCCAGCUAUUGGAGGUGGUAAUUUUGGUUUUCCCAUUGCUGUUUGUGCUAAUGUUCAUUUUGAAGCUGUAGUUGAAUUUAGCAAAACAGAACUACCAACUAAACUGAGAAAAGUUUAUUUUGUCAUAAUUGAAGGAAAUGUUGAGGUUUUUCUGCAAGCAGCCAAGAAUUACCUGUCAGGUACCUUUUUAAAGUCACCAUCAAAUUUUGAAAGCCUUAGACCUCUAAAUGUAUCACGUAUGGCACCAAAUGCAUCUUCAACAUUAAGUCUGCCACCAACUCUAUCAACUGUUGCUGUACAACAAAAUCCGAAAAGAAAAACUAAGAAGCAUAAAAUGUCUGACAGUGGUGUACCAGAGUUAUGGACUAGAUCUAGUAUUGAAUAUAUCAAAAUAACAAAAGGAAGCAUUACUGACUACCCAGAAGAGGCUCUUGUCAACACUACUGAUGAGAAUCUAAAACUUCAGGGAUAUGUUUCAAAAGUUUUAUUAGAAGAAGCAGGGCCUAAUUUAAAGAAGGAAUGUGAUGCUUUAACAAAACCUUUCAGGAUUGGUAGUGUAGUUGCAACAAAAGCCUACAAAUUGAGGAAAUCAAAACACAUACUCCAUGUCAUCUUACCUAAUUAUGAUGGAAAAUCUGAAGGGGUAUUAAGAGAAGUUGUAAGAAAUUGUUUAGAUGAAUGCACUCGUCUAAAAGUCAAAUCAUUGUCAAUGCCAUCGAUUGGAGCUGGCAAUCUCAAAUACCCUCCUGAUAUUGUGGCUAGAGUUCUCAUUGAAGAAACGAUCUCCUUUUUUCAAAAAAAUAAUGGAAAGACCACGCUGAAAUUGGUUCAUUUUGUUAUUUAUCAACAAGACAUUUGUGAUGAAUUUCAGAAAGUAUUAAGAUUAGGGCAAGAGUCACCUAGAGCUACUAAUUUUGAUAGUAAAUCUAUGCAAUCACUCUUAAUUACUAAAGGGAGUGUAACUGAUUUUCAGGAAGAAGCUGUUGUACUUACAAAUGAUCGUAAUCUGGAACUUAAAGGAGUUGUGGGACAAGUUUUAGCAAAACAGGCUGGCCCAGAAUUGAAAAAAGAAUGUGAUGCUUUAAAAAAACCAAUAGAAUUUGGUAGUGUUAUUGCUACUAAAGGUCAUUCUCUUAAAGCAAAGUAUAUUCUUCAUGCAAUACUACAUUCAUGUGGUACUUCAAUUGAAGAAUCUGAGAAAGUUUUGAGGAAAAUUGCUGUGAAAUGUUUAGAUGAAUGCACUAGAUUGAAAGUUAAGAGUCUUUCAAUGACCUCUAUUGGUGCUGGUAAACUGGGGUACCCUAAUGAUAUUGUGGCUAAAGCACUACUAGAAGAAACUGCAAUAUACCUGAAGAAAAAUAAGGGAAACACAACAAUUGAAUUGGUUCGUUUUGUUAUUUAUGAAAAGCGUGUGUAUGAUGAAUUUAGCAAAGUGUAUCAACAACUCAGUGCAGGUGCAACAAAAAGAAAGACAUUAUUACUUUCAACAAGUUUACAGUUAGAGCUUGUAGAAGGAGAAAUUGGAAAUGAUAGCUCUGCUGUCACAGUUACAUAUGAUGCAUCUGCUUCUCAAGUAGAAAAAAAACCAGUUGUGACACUUGUACCAAAUUCAGGAGGUGUUGGAAGAAAAAUGAAUCUUCCAGUUACAUUUCAUCAGAGUGCACAUGAACAGAAAAAAUUUAGCUUUGCUUGUUUGGAUAAGGCUGAAAAAAAUCAGUUUGAGUCAAUAGUCUUUCCAGCUCAGUUUCAAAGCCAUGCAAUAGUACCAAAAGCCAUUGUUGAUGCAUCACAGAAAUUUUUAGAUACUAAUCCAAUUCAUAUGAAAGUUAUUCGUGUGUUGUAUACAACAUUGUCACCUGAAAUUGUUCAGCAAUAUGAAGAAGCACUCAAGUCAUGGACAAACGGGCAAGAAUCUGGUUUUCUGAGCAAGGCAAAAGCUUUUGUUGGCUCAGCUGUUGCAUCAGCUGUUGGUUAUAGUGAUGAAAGCAAAUCUUAUUUUGAAGAUACUCCUUCUUUGGAGUCUGAGGUUACACUCGAUAUAUUUGGAAAAACAAAUGAAGCAAUAUUAAAAGCUGAGCAACAAAUUAGAGAAACAGUGAAAGAAAACUUUAUUGACCUCAAAAUAGAACACGAGCAUAUUGCAGCAUUGUCAGCCGAAGGACUUCAUGAAAUAUCAUCCAUUGCAGCUAGCUCCAAUGUUAAGAUUGGCAUUGAUCAAGAGAGGAAAGUAAUAACUCUUCGCGGUUUCCAGGAUGUCCAUAAAGUUCAAAUCCACAUUCAA